ACAAACAUGUUGGUUGUCUUUUAACGCCGACGGAGAAGUUAAUUCCUCCCUUUUAGUGGUUGUUUUUGUUGUUUGCGUGGCGUUGUGUUUAUAACAAUAACAACAAGUGAUUAUUACUUAAAGACAAGUGGAUUGUGUAGCUUAGCAUAUGGCCGAAACAUAAGGCUUAGACCCUUUCCCUUUUUGGUUCGAAAUUCGAGACUUCCUUCUUGUUAUUUGUCUUUGGCUUAUUAUUUUGGCCACCUCCCAGUGGCUGCCUCUUCUUCUUCGACCCGUUCUUCUUCUUCAUUGGCUCCACAAUGGUUCGGUGGAGCGCUCGGUCGCGUCGCGAAGCGCGGCGCCAGGAUAAAAUGGAGCUGUUGGCCAGCAACAACAAAGUGAAUGGCGAGGACGAUACGUCCGAUAACGCCGCCUUCCGCAACUCGGCGGACCUUUCGGACCACGAUGAGAUCUUCCUGAAGGGCCUGCUGCGUAGUAAUCCCAGCACGCCGCACAAGGAGCUGAUGCUGAAUCCGACCGAGCCGCAGCCAGUGCCAUUAUUCCUGCCCGCUCAUCUGAAUAAUAAGCCGAUCUGCGACGACAUCAUCCGCAAGUUCUCACCCUCGAGGCGUCUGGAGUCGCGAGAGCUCGCCAAGCUUCUCGCCCAACCGCAUUUUCGUGCCCUUUUGCGCGCCCAUGAUGAGAUAGGAGCGCUCUACGAGCAACGACUAAAAGCUGCCGGCGGAUCCACCAGCCAACUAGAGAUCUCCAGCCAACGCCAAUCGGGCGGCUACCUGUUCACCGAGGACAUCCUCAACACCAAAAUGCCAGUGGAGACCAUCAAGAUGGUGGGUCUGCGCCGAGAUCCCAGCAAACCGCUCGGCCUGACCGUCGAGCUGGACGAGUACAAGCAGCUGGUGGUGGCCAGGAUUCUGGCUGGCGGGGUGAUCGACAAGCAGAGCAUGCUCCACGUGGGCGAUGUGAUCCUGGAGGUCAACGGCACCCCCGUUCGCUCUGCCGAAGAGCUGCAGGUGGAGGUGUCGCGGGCCAAGGAGAACCUCACCCUGAAGAUCGGACCCAACGUCGACGAGGAGAUCAAGAGCGGUCGCUACACUGUGAGUGGGGGUCAGGUAAAACAGAAUGGCAUCGCGGGUCUCGAAACGGGCAAGAAACUAACGUGCUAUAUGCGUGCGCUGUUCACAUACAAUCCGUCGGAGGAUUCAUUGCUGCCAUGCAGAGAUAUUGGAUUGCCUUUUAAAUCAGGAGAUAUUUUGCAGAUCAUCAAUGUCAAAGAUCCCAACUGGUGGCAGGCCAAAAACAUAACUGCUGAAUCGGAAAAGAUUGGUCUAAUACCAUCUCAAGAAUUGGAAGAACGACGCAAAGCUUUUGUGGCACCCGAAGCAGAUUAUGUUCACAAAAUUGGCAUUUGCGGCACAAGGAUCUCGAAGCGAAAGCGAAAGACCAUGUACCGAUCGGUGGCCAAUUGUGAGUUCGACAAGGCGGAACUGUUGCUUUAUGAGGAGGUCACCCGGAUGCCUCCUUUCCGCAGGAAAACUCUGGUCUUGAUCGGUGUUUCCGGAGUGGGAAGGCGUACGCUCAAGAAUCGUCUGAUUAACAGCGAUGUGGAUAAGUUUGGUGCGGUUAUUCCACACACCAGUCGCCCCAAGCGCGCCUUGGAGGAGAAUGGAACGAGCUACUGGUUCAUGGACCGCGAGGAAAUGGACGAGGCGGUGAAGAACAACGAAUUCUUGGAGUACGGCGAGCACAAUGGCAAUCUGUACGGCACACACUUGCAGUCCAUCAAGGAUGUGAUCAAUAGCGGGCGCAUGUGCAUCCUGGAUUGCGCACCGAAUGCCCUGAAGAUCCUGCACAACAGCCAGGAACUGAUGCCAUUUGUCAUCUUCAUAGCAGCGCCAGGAAUGGAACAGCUCAAAACGAUCUAUGCGGAUCGCAGGGCCACGGGCUCCAAUAGAAAUCUAUCUUUUGAUCGCCAGAGUUCCAUCAGAUUCAGCUCCAGGCGCGCUCGUACGCUCGAAUCCUUAGCAUCUUUAUAUGAGGACGAUGAUUUAGUGGCCACUGUGGAGGAGAGCAGCUUUGUCCAGCGGAAAUACGAGAAGUACUUCGACAUGGUUAUUGUGAACGAGGACUUCGAUGAGACGUUCCGUCAGGUGGUGGAAACUUUGGAUCAGAUGAGCCACGAGGAGCAGUGGGUGCCUGUCAACUGGAUCUACUAAAAGCUACUACAGUUUCGCCUUCUUGCAUAUAGAGGAAAUAUAUACAACAAAAACCUAUUGCCUAUCAUCACAAUGAAUGGGAUUGUUCCAGUAAUUGAAGCUUCAAAUCGCAGCACAAUACGAAUCUUAAACACACGAAGAAGUUAACUUUUUUCAAUACUACUCCCUGUUAAUGAAAUGAGCGUAUUGUGUUUUGAAAACUCCGCAAAAUCGGUUAAUUCAAGAAUCAAUUACUGCUAUUUUCCUCUUUAAGUAUCAGUUAUGUAUAUAUGCAAUGUUUUGUAUAAUUUGAAAUGCGCCCUCCGUUUACAAUUCAGUUUUCCUUAAGUGUAAGCCUAAUUUUACGAAACGAAUUCGUCCAUUUUACAACCUCGUAUUGUUUUAUUUAUACAAAAUAUUGAUUUAUUUCAAUGCAUAUCUCUUCAGUUUAUAAUUUUAACGAAUCUCCUCAGUACAAUCCUUUCUGCCAAUAUUUCUUGUAGUUUUUAGACUUGUUUGAAAAAAAUGUAUAAGUUUAACGAACUAGUUGAAUAUUGAUGUGGAGUAAAGCAAAUAAAAUACGAAUAAAUUUGGCUCAAAGAAA